AUGGCGUCCUCUUCCGACCAUGAUGCCGAGACUUCGUCGGAAACGGUCUCCACUUACUAUUUCGAGGACCACGACAACAAGCCGAUCUCGUUCUCCGUCCUACCGGUAAGCUGGAGCGACCGGGAGGAUUGCGAGGAUGCAGCAGCAGAGACCAUCUUCUUGCAUGGGACUGCCGAUAACGGCCUCAGGAAGAUUUACAGAGAGGUCAAGUCUUGGAGGUUUGAUCUCAGCUGCUCGAGGCCCGAAGUGUCGGUGCUCUCAAAGGACAACAUCUGUUUCAAGCUCGAUAAGCCGAGAAGGCGCUUUCAGGAUACGAUCAGGACCGUGUUGAUCACGUUGCACUGCCUGCACUACGCCAAGAAUCACCCGGACGCGUCCGGAGAAGCGCUGUGGGAGCACUUGGCUAGAACCUUGGGGUUCUAUGAGGUCCAGCCUUCUGCAAAGGAUUUGCAGGACCAUGUGGCGUUAAUUGAAGAGGCUAUAGGGAGGGAUGAUGCAUUGGCAAAAUCCAAGAUUUUUAAGUGCGAAAAUUGUAUAAACAAAAAAGUGAAUAUAUCAUCUGGACAAGAUAUAGCCAAGAAAGCCAAAGCGACAGAUGCAUCCAAGAAAUUUCACGAGGAUACUGCCAAGUCCAGGUUCUUGGAGCCCAGCACGUCUUUGACCAUGAGGGAGCACACUUCUCCAGGUGAAAGGUUAUAUUCAUUCAUGACAAAGGCAUCUACGCAAAUAAAACCAGGAAAACAAGUUGUACCAGAUAGUGAAGAGAGAAGAGCAGUGCAGCCUGCUUCCAAGAAGUCAGAUGACUCACUUCCUGCACUACAUGCUGACACAGAGAGGAGGCUUUUGAAUCUAAUGAAAGAAGCUGUAUCUUCAGUAAGUAUGGAAGAUGUUAUUAGAGAGCAGAAAGUGCCACUUACUCAUGCACAAUAUCUGAAGUCAACUGUCGAUAAGGCAAUUACUAUUGAGGAAGUGGAUGGUUCAGUUCAGGCUCUUCGAGCUGCUUUGCAAAGGCUAGAGGAAGGAGACAGCAUUGAAGAUGCAAAAGCUGUCUGUGACCCAAAUGUUCUAACGCAGAUAUUUACGUGGAAGGACAAGCUUAGAGAAUAUCUUGCACCAUUCGUAUAUGGUAUGCGCUACACGUCCUUUGGUCGACAUUUUACGAAAGUGGAUAAACUUCAAGAGAUUGUUGACAAGCUCCAUUGGUAUGUUCGGGAUGGUGACAUGAUUGUUGACUUCUGUUGUGGGGCUAAUGAUUUUAGCUGCUUAAUGGCAAAGAAGCUUGAAGAGACCGGAAAGAAGUGCUCUUACAAAAAUUAUGAUAUUUUUCCACCAAAGAAUUACUUUGAGUUUGAACUGAGGGACUGGAUGACUGUCCAACUAAAAGAGCUACCUCUUGGGUCGAAUUUGAUCAUGGGGCUAAAUCCUCCUUUCGGAGUUAGAGCAGCUUUGGCGAACAAGUUUAUUGAUAAAGCUCUUGAAUUCAAACCAAAGCUCCUUAUUCUGAUUGUGCCAUCCGAAACUGAAAGAUUAGAUGAGAAAAUGUUUCGGUAUGAUCUGGUGUGGGAAGACGAUCGAUUCUUGUCUGGAAAGUCAUUUUACUUGCCAGGGUCCAUUGACGUGGAGGAUAAACAAAUUGAACAGUGGAAAAAUAAGCCACCGUUGCUAUAUCUAUGGAGCCGUCGAGAUUGGACUGCAAAACACAGGACCAUAGCCCAAAAGCAGGGUGACUUGCCAACGAAGAGAAAGAGGCCACUGUCAAGCGAUGAUUGCAAUGGAUCACUGGAUCUUCGUUAUCCGAAAGAUGACCGGAGCCUUUGCGUCGGUACUUCGUCUCUCACAAGUGAUACCUCCAUGCCAAAGGGCAAGCCUGAAGAAACCAAAGACAGAGUCGAUACAGCUGAAGGUCAAAAAGGGUGUUUUUCUCGCAAUGACAGUGGAAGAGAAAGCAGGGAGAGCCAGGCUACUGGGACUUCUACGGGGAAGGCCAAUGAUUUAGGAACGAGUGGAACAGAAAUUUAUGAGAAGUCACCUGCAAAGGAAACACCUCAUCAUCCCUCGCUUAAGUUGACAGACGGGAAGUUGUCAUUCGAUGAUUGGUCCUCUAAGCAAAAGGCCGAUGCUAGCGGAACACGCAGAAGAGAGAUUGGCGAGAAGGACCAGCCAGGGCCCUCGACAUCUACCUAUGGACUCCCGGGUUCCAUCGCUGAAUCAUCCCAGCAAGCGAACAUGUCAGCGAUGGAAUGAUAUGCUCCCCAUUUGGAUGAACUGAAUCCGACGAGAACGAAAAAUGCGAGGCCCGAGGGAACCGUGAUUCGUGGAAACGGGUAUCAUGAUCCUAACGGGGGACUGCAAUUUGGAUACCAAGGCGAUUCUUCUGGCUUUGCUACCGGUCCUCGUUGGCCAUACUCUCAACAGAAUGCUUUCGGCUGGCUUGAUGAAUAGAAAUGUACCAGGAAAGAAAGAAACAAAAGCAAAAAACAAAGCGAAAAUCACAAGACUAUGCGAAGUUAGAACAAGAUGUCCAAAGCUGAAUAAAAGAGCACAGCACAGAAGCAGCCAAAGAUUCUAAACCCUCAAACAAUCUUUUAUUGCGUUCCUUGCAAUUGCACCACAUGAGACAAAGCGGUGCAACAUUCCAGGACUUCUUAGAAAUAGAGCCUCCUCCAUAAGCAGUCCAACAGCUAAAGAGCUGGAUGGCAUGAAAACUUGGCAUAACCCAUGUCACCUUAGACGAGGGUUGUGGUUGGAAGAUUGUUGCAAGCUUUGAGGGAAAUUUUCCUAACCGCAUCAAGCAGGUUCCCUUGGAUAGGCAUUUUGAUAUUGAUAACGUCAAAAGGGUAUAUUGGUUUUGCUAUUUCCUCUCAUGAUCUCCAUACUUCUCUGAUUAUUCUGCUGGAAUAUUUAUCUCUGGGCCUUGUGAUCAUACCAGAUUAUGCUUGAGGCAGAUAGUUAUCAACCUUAUUUUUAUCUGUCCAGAGAAAGGACUCAGAUCUCUGAUAAAAAGUGUCUUGAAGAUGGCAAAAGAGCCAUCACGGCUCUGUGUCGAUGUGGUGCACCAUGUCCUGCUGGACAUUGUUUGUGCUGCUGCAACUGCUACACCAGGUCUUGGGAGAUAUCCUCCUUUUAAAAGAGAGGUUGUGGCCAUUGCAACUGCCGCGCUUGAUACAUUUAAGAAUGAGGUCAAGAAGAUGGUGGUUGCACUUGUUGACAUGGAACGUGCAUUUGUCCCUCGCCAACACUUUUCAUUAGAUUGGUGCAGAGGAGGUAUGCUUACUGAGAGUGUGAUAAUAGAUACUAUUAUCUUUUAUUGCAGCAAAAAUUUGCUAGAUGAGUUGAAUUUGACGAUCUUGGAUAUUCAACCCUGUUUUCCUGAGGAAAAUUGAUCCAUUUCACUUGCUUGUCUAGAUAGACUUACUUUUUGCUUAUUCUAAAUCUUGUGGCGGAUGUAUAUUGUCGUUUUCUUAAACCUAAACAC